UGGAAAACAGUGUGAGAGGGAGAGCAGAGAUCACAUACGGCCGGAGAGGCACUGAUAGUUGAAAGAACGAUAGAAGCACGGACAGAUUAGGGAGAAAUUAUGAAAAAAAGUGUGUGAAAGAAAAUGGUUAGCAAAUAGCGACAAUGACAUUUUUACACCUGUCACCUUGGGUCAGUGAUUGAGUAUUUGAUUGACAGCUGUUCAGUCUUCUCUUUUUUGUUUUUAUACGGAUGGAGAUACAACACUGUGUGGCAACCUGGAUUUAAGAAAGGUCACCAAAGCGGUCACAGACAAAAUAUCGGUGUCCUCAUCAUUAUUAAGGUCAGCAGUGUGACCAACCGAGAGAAGUAUCAAGUCUGUCAAGAGUGGUGAGAUCAGAGGAGGAGAAAUGUCGAGGCAAGGUGGCCAUUUGGCCCUGGCAUGGAUGUCAUUGCAGCUGCUGCUAUGGCACGAAUCUGUGACAAUUGAAGUGCCGCAAGAUCCAAAGAUCCUGGCAGACCUGAGACAGCCCCCUACUAUAACCAAACAGUCGGUGAAGGACUACAUUGUUGACCCCAGAGAUAACAUCAUCAUCGAGUGUGAAGCCAAGGGCAACCCAGUGCCAACGUUCUCAUGGAGAAGAAAUGGGAAGUUUUUCAACAUUGGAAAAGAUCUGCGCGUAACAAUGCAGAAACGCUCAGGAACCCUGGAAAUUGAAUUUCGUAAUGGAGGACGGCCGGAGGACUACGAAGGAGAAUACCAGUGUUUUGCUGGCAAUGAUUACGGAAUGGCGAUGUCGAACAAAAUUCUGCUUCGGGUCUCCAAGGCACCUCUGUGGCCUAAAGAAGUGCUGGAGCCAGUGGUGGUGACUGAGGGCUCCUCGCUCGUCCUUUCCUGUAAUCCCCCUCCUGGCCUCCCUCCUCCAGUUACUUUCUGGAUCAGCAGUCUGAUGAUGCCGAUCCGACAGGACAAGCGAGUGUCCAUGGGCUUAAAUGGAGACUUGUACUUUUCCAACGUUAUGGCGCAAGAUGCUCAGAACGACUACAGCUGCAGUGCCCGCUUCCUCUUCACUCACACGAUCCAGCAGAAGAACCCCUUCACUCUCAAAGUUCUUACUAACGAUCCUUAUAAUGAUACCUCUUACAAUGACAGUGACCCAUAUGGGGGUCGUAAAGUCGCAGAGUCCAUGCCAACCUUCCUCUCACCAUUGGGGAGUGAGAGCUCCAAAAUGGUGCUGAGAGACGAGCAACUGCUGCUGGAGUGUAUUGCUGCUGGACUUCCCACACCGGCUAUCAAAUGGUUUAAGAAGGGUGGUGAUCUGCCAGGACACAAAGUGAAGUUUGAGAUGUACAACAAGACUAUGAAGAUUAUCAAUGUGUCAGAGGAGGAUGCUGGAGAAUACGUAUGCAUGGCUAACAAUCAUUUAGGUAGCAUACGUCACUCGAUUUUUGUUCAAGUCAGAGCGGCUCCUUAUUGGCUGGACAAACCAACAAACCUGGUGCUAGCUCCAGAAGAAAAUGGCCGCCUGGUGUGUCGAGCAAAUGGUAACCCGAAACCCACCAUCCAAUGGCUGGUUAAUAGCAUCCCUAUCGACAGCUCACUUCCCGAUCCUAGUCGACAACUGAUGGGUGACACCAUCAUCUUCCGCUCUGUGCAGAUGGGAAGCAGUGCAGUCUACCAAUGCAAUGCCUCAAACCAGCACGGUUAUCUUUUGGCAAAUGCCUUCGUCAGUGUCAUUGAUAUGCGUCCAAGGAUGCUUGGCCUGAAAAAUCAACUGAUAAAAGUCAUUGAGAACAACCGCACCUUUCUGGACUGCCCCUUCUUCGGUUCCCCUAUUCCAGAGUUACGCUGGUUUAAGAAUGGACAGGGCAGUGGUCUGGAUGGCGGACAGUACCGUGUUUACGUGAACGGCACCCUGGAGAUAAAACGUGCCAAAGCAAUGGAUGAGGGCACCUACACUUGCGUAGCCAGCAGCAUUCUGGGCAUGGCCGAAAACCAGGUCCGCCUGGAGGUCAAAGAGCCGAGCCGUAUAGUUCUUGCUCCCGAGCACCAGUCAGCCGUCAGGGGGUCCACAGCUCGUUUCAACUGUAAGGUGAAGUUUGAUCCCAGCCUUCCCGUCACCGUGACUUGGACAAAGGAUGACAAGCCGAUCCACCUCGGACGGAGGCUGAGGAAAGAUGACGAAACACUGACCAUCGCGAACAUCAACGAGGCAGAUGAAGGAACUUACGUGUGUACUGUUAAAACAGAGAUUGACCAGGACUCAGCCUCGGCCCGUCUCACUGUGUUAGAAGAAGCCUCCCUCAACCCCUCAGUUUCUAGUGCCUUGCCUCCAGACCGCCCAGACCCUCCUAUGGAUCUAGAACUGUCAGAUCCAGCAGCCCGGAGUGUUCGCCUCACCUGGAUCCCUGGAAAUGACCACAGAAGCCCUGUGACAGAGUUUUUGGUCCAGUUUGAGGAAGACCGCUGGGAGCCAGGUAGAUGGCAGGAUCUGGCCACCUAUCCUGGGGACCUCACCUCCGUCAUUCUGCAGCUCGCUCCCUUUGUCAACUACCAGUUCAGAGUUAUUGCCAUCAAUGCAGUGGGCCAAAGUGUGGCGAGCGUCCCCUCACCAAAAUACCAAACCAGUAGCGCUGCUCCUGAUGUCAUACCCAGAGGCCUCCGAGGCUGGGGCUCAGAGAAAGACAACAUGGAAAUCACUUGGGAGCCACUGCUUGAUCUGGAGAAAAACGGCCCUAAUUUGCACUACAGUGUGUGGUGGAGACGAAAAGAUUCUGAUGGGGAAUGGAACAAUGUGACCACAACAGGAACCAAACAUGUUGUCCACAACACAGAAACCUAUGUACCCUAUGAGAUCAAAAUCCAGGCCAGAAAUGAUCUUGGAGCAGGACCAGAGUCUAAUCUGGUAAUUGGAUACUCAGGAGAAGACAAACCCACCAGCGCUCCGACAGACUUGCACAUUUCAAAGGUGGACAGUACCAAAGGAAACAUCCACUGGAAGCCUGUGAACCAGGAUUCAGUACGGGGAGAAUUCAAGGAGUACAGACUGUACUACUGGCGUAAGGCCAGUCAUGUCCCUGGUCUGGUGUUUAGUAAGGAGAACAAGACCAAAGGUUUUUACACAACCAUGGCCCAGCCGUCUGCCAUCCUCAGUGACCUUGUGCCCUUUUCGCACUACCAGAUGUUUAUGGUUGUAGCAAACAAUCAUUAUGAGGGUCCACCGAGCAACUCUGUUGAAUUCAGCACAAAGGAAGGAGUGCCUGAUGCUCCCAGUUUUUUCAGGAUCAAGCGAAGAGGUUUUGAUUCCAUUCACCUAGAAUGGGGCAAACCUACGGAGCCAAAUGGCCUUCUGAUUGGAUACCGGCUAAAAUACCAAGCAGCCAAUGGAUCGAGAGAGGGUCGACCUCAUCUUGAGACUUUCCUUCCAAAUGUGACCGAGUUCACUCUCCGUCUUCCGGAUCGAUCAACCCGCUACAAUUUCUACCUGUCAGCGCUCACCACAGUGGGAGCAGGGGAGGUCAUUAUUGAGGAAUCUCCUUUCUUUACCAAUGAAGAAAACUUUACUGAUGCUACAGGUCUAGUUGAGCUUACGGAUGCCUCUUUGGCUUCAGCUUUCACUGUUACUCCUCCUCCUCUCGCUCCUCUCCCUUCCACUACUGCUGCUCCGACAACAAUUAGUACCGCAUCUUCUACCACUCCUCCUACGACUACCACUGUUACAAUGUCUACAACAGCUGAGACGACUACUGCCAUCGAUACUACUGAGGCAGCCACUCCCACACCACCUUCUGUGCUGGUCAUCAACAAGAAUGUAGAUGAGGAUGUGUUUGUGGUCGCUGAGCGAGAGAUCUGGAAUCUGACGGUGGACCAUAACAGUAACUACGCUAACAUCAACUGGAGACACAACUUCCCGCCCAGCAGCAUUGACUUUGUGCUAGAGUUGACGCUGGACAGCAACAAGACAAUGAAAACUGUACCUGUGACACACCAACCCCCCAUUACAAUGAAGGAUUUGAUCGCGGGGGCCAAGUACCAUCUGAGGGUUUACUCCCAUGAACUCAGCAGCAUCACCAGCAAAUCUGUCACCUUUGAGACCAAAGCAGCCUACAUUGACCAGGUCGACAUUGCAACUCAGGGCUGGUUCAUCGGCUUGAUGUGCGCCAUCGCCCUCAUCAUACUGAUCCUUCUUAUUGUCUGCUUCAUCAAAAGGAGUCGUGGAGGCAAAUAUCCAGUCCGAGAUAAAAAAGACCUUCCCUUGGAUUCUGUUGAUCACAAAGACCCGGAUGGAUCCUUUGAUUAUCACAGCGAUGAGGACAACAAGCCUCUUCAAGGUAGCCAAACAUCACUGGAGGGCAAUGUGAAGGAGAGCGAUGACAGCCUGGUGGAUUACGGUGAAGGCGGUGACGGCCAGUUCAAUGAGGACGGCUCUUUCAUCGGCCAGUACACAGUAAAGAAGGACAAGGAUGAGACGGAAGGCAAUGAAAGCUCGGAGGCCACCUCACCAGUCAAUGCCCUCUACUCGCUGGCAUAGUGCUGCCCAGCGUGACUUUUGGCACUCACUUGCACGGCCUGCUUUGGAGUGUUGGAGACACAUGCAGAAAGAUGAAGACUCGAUGAAUUGUGAAAAGAACUGGGCUGGUAUGUCAACCGUGUAGGUUCUCCUCUGCAGGUAAAGUCAGAUAAUGCUGGAGAGCAAUUUGAGGUCAUGCCUUUAUUUUAAAUUUCCAGAACUUGGAAAGUGUUCCCAUGGAGAAGAAGUUUGGUCAAAGUGCUCAUUUUGCUUUGUGCUCGGCCUGCCCUUUAUCCACACAGACGUCAGUGUGCCUUUGGGGGUAGCUUUCGGUGUUUUUAGGCAUAGAAAAGCACUCUGUUUACUUUUUCCAUUAUUUUUUUUCUUUCAAGCUGUCCAGUCUUUCUUUCUUGAUUUUUUCAAAGUAGAAUGAUGUUCAACAACAUAUCAGCCUAUAACCGUCAAACUCACCAGGAUGCUAGCAGAUAUGUUUAUCAUAUUGAUAUGUACACGAAGAAAGAUUUUAAGUUUCCUCAGCUGGUAGAUGUCUCUGUAAAUCUGAAUGAAGUCUGUACACAAUUUUGGCACAUAAUUUAGUGCCCCGUACAUCUAUGCACUACCACCACGACCAUGCCACGACAUCAUGCUUGAUGUCUAUUAACAUCUUGACAUCUAUUGUUUUAUGCCACUUGCAGGGUAUAUUAUAUCACAUUCUUCAUAAUCACUUUGCCUUUUCCACUGUGGUAGAAAUACUUUUCUUACCUUGAAUCUAAUGUUGUCGUACAAAU